CUGGACAACACAGCGGUCUUGGGGAUUUCCAGUCCAGCUACUCACAUAUAAGCAGACUUGAGCACUCUUUUCCCACUCAGCUUCUGAUUGCAGACAUGGCUUCCUGCAUCUGUAUUGUCCACUCUGAGCAAUGGCCAUUGAUGACCUUUGAUGCCACUGAGAGUGACAAAGUGAAGAAGAUAAAUGAACAUAUCAGAUCCCAAACCAAGGUUUCUGUGCAUGAUCAGAUCCUUCUGCUAGGCUCCGAGAUCCUCAAGCCCCAGAGAAAACUGUCAUCUUAUGGCAUUGACAAGGAAACAACCAUCCACCUCACCCUGAAAGUGGUGAAGCCCAGUGAUGAAGAGCUGCCCUUGUUUUUGGUGGAGUCAAGCAACGAGGGGCAAAGGCACCUCCUCCACGUUCGAAGAUCCAGCUCAGUGGCCCAGGUGAAAGAGAUGAUUGAGAAGGUGACCACCGUGACCCCCAAGACUCAGAUUGUGACUUGCAAUGGAAAGAGGCUGGAAGAUGGAAAGAUCAUGGCCGACUACAACAUCAGGAGGGGCAGUUUGCUCUUUCUGACAAUGCACUGCAUUGGGGGGUGACUAUGUGGAUGGGGCGAUAAGAUGACCAAAGCCCACUUCCUUUUAGCUCUUACCAACCACUUUCUUUGACGAUUUCUAAAAAUUAAUGAGAAUGAAAUAAAGAUUGGAGAUGAGUGGAGUAGAAUAAACAUAUUUGUCAAGUCUG